CAUCAAGCCGUUGUGUAACUUGCGUACAAUUUCGGGCACAUUGUCUGGAAAUGCGCAAAUAAAGAAAAUGGAGGCGGAUUUGGAUUUCUAGCCGCUGCCUGAGGCACAACAAGCCGCUUAACUCAAAUCGUGAAGGAAAACACUUGGUUUCAGAUUCAACGAUCUCCAUCGACUCGCAGUCCAGAAAGAAAAGGGAUGUCCUGACGGCAUUUCACAGGAAACACGGAAGCCAUCUGCAAGGAGGACAAUCGUUUUCUCCGCGGACUGGCAAAGAAAGCCGACAUGUUAUGUCUAUGGACUGUUAUUUCAACACGGACGAUGUAAUCGAAAAGCCACAAAGGAGUCGGUGGUGAAGCAAAUAGGAGAAACACGGAGCACCGAUCUGCUGCAGUUGUGCAAUGGCUGGGGUUUGCACUGGCUGAAUCCGAGCUGAAAGUCUGUGGAGUUUCGGCCCACUCUCUCCCAAAUGAGGCAGCCAGGAUUGGUGUCUUUCAGGAGGAGUUAGAGGGCAGCAAGACAUUUAACACCAGGUUUCCACUUAGAUGUAACCCAUAUCAUCCUGGACAGUCCCAGUCCUUGUGUGUCCAAGAAAAGGAUUGGGUCAAAUAAGCCCUAGCUUUUCUGAUCCUUGCAGAGAAUGGCUCAUGGAUGGGAUUCAUACUAUCAUAACCUCCCACCCCUAUCAUCAGAUCCGAGCACUUUGAGAAGGACAUCAGAGUCAGAGGGAAGUCUUUCUCAGCAUAUAGAGAACUUCAUAGGAAAUCAUGACUUCCCUGUCGCAGUGGCUUCACAUGAAGCCCCUGCAACAAACUCAAACUUCAACACGAACUAUUACUCAAAUCCUAAUAUUGAAAAUCCCAGUUCGGACUGUCUUUAUCAAAGAUACUGCAAGGACACAGAAUGGCAAGCUGAUGGAGAACAAACGGGAAAAGAUUACUUGCCAAGAUGUGGAAAUACUGAUAUCCCAGAUUUUGGCACAGAUGGAUUAUCAUCAUCAGGAUCUUUUCCUUCAUCUUUUGCAAAUGAUUUACAAGAACUUAAGCAAGACUGUGGAAUGCUAUCUACAUCAUUUCUUGAAGACUACUCAGAUGUCAGUAGCUGCUCUGAAUCAGAUGUAAGUGAAACAAGGCCCUCUUGUAAAUUCAUGGCAAGUAAUUCAGUUCCAAAACCUAAAACUGAUUAUAGUACAAAAAAUAGCUCCUCAGAAUGGCUUUUCUCUGACACUGGAAAUAUGAUGCUUGCAGCUGAGAAUCAGUGCACUGAUGUAUCAGAGACUAAUGUAAUUUUGCAUGGUACAUCAAAUGUGUCAGCAGGACAAAACAUGGUUGAAUGUUCCCAAGAUAAGACGCAAAGUUCAGACAAAAAUGUGAAAUCUUGCGCAGGGCACAAUCAGUCCUCUACUACUUCUAACAAGAUGACAACUACAGGGAGCGACACUGUAGCUGAUAGAAACGAUUACGGAGGUGGUCCUGGUAUGACAGGAAAGGAGGAUGCAGAGACAGACCUCAAUCCAGGAAAAAAUUCAAGCAUCUCAAUAAGUGGCCAUAAAAACUUAGCUGGUGAAAGAACAGAAAAGUAUCCAGAUGGUAAUGAGAAGGAGCCGACUGCUCCAACUACUCCGAUUAUCAUGGCUACAGUGGACAAUGAGCAGUGUCACUCAGAUGAAAAAGUUCUGAGACAGGAAAUGAAGGAAUCAUCUGACCAAGAAAAUGAGGGAUUUGAUAAUCUUAACUCCACAGAUGGCCAAGAUAGAAAUACAAGAGAGGACUUGCAGGACAAAAGUGAAGACCUACAAAGGGAAAGAAAAGAAUCAGUGUCAUUUGAAAAUGAUGAGGAGAAAUCCCCAAAUUCCAACUCCAAUGUUGGACAAAAUGAAAAUGAGGAAACUGACUGUCAGGACAAAGAACUUCUGUCAAAUAUCUCUCAAUCUUCAAAUCCAAAAAAAGAUGGGAGAAGGAAAUGCACUAGUACCGCAAAACGAAACAGUCAGGAUGUUGAUUCAUGUUUGAAGCUACCAGAGCACCAGUCUGACGAAAGUGUAGUUCAGGAUGCGAUAUGUCUGAGUGCCGCUGUGACGAGUGAUGGUCAUAUCAGCAAUGCCAGUGACAAGAAUGAGCAAAGUGUUGCAAGUCAUUCAGAAUCCUGCUUACAGACAAAAAGCUCUAGCACAGACAUGAAUCCUUGUCUAGAAAAAGAAUGGACAAGUGCAGCGGACAAGACAAACACCACUUCUUCUCCAGAUCCAGAUGGUAAUGAUCCUGAUGUCACUGACAGCCUUCACAUUGUUACAAGUGACAAGGACAAGCAAGAUCUUUCUAGUCAAGGAGAAUCCUGCUUACAGCCAAUCAGGCCAAGCACAGACAUGAAUUCCUGUCUAGAAGAGGAAAGGACAAGUCUAUCAGAGAAGAAAACCACAACAUCUUCUACAGAACCAGUUUGUACUGACCCUCUUGUGAGUGGUAGCAAUAAAGAGCAAAAUGUUACUGAUGGUUUAGAAUCCUCUUCACAGUCAAACCCCUCAAGUCCAAACAUAAAUCCAUGCCAAGAAAAGGAACGGACAAAUCCAGCAGAGAAUACAAAUGCAACCUCUUCUUCAGAUCAGCCACACCCACUAGUGACCAGUCCAGUGGCCCUACAACCAGGAAGUGUUACUGGAGAUGUUGCUGAAAAUACAAGAGAGUCAUUUGAAGAGUUAGACACAUCUGCAGAGGAGCCUUCAGCGCUUGGCAUGCUGUAUGGUGAACCUCUGUCAAGAGAAGAUUCUUCAUGUGAUGCUGAUGAAACUAAUAUCGACACAAAUCACUGUAAAGACAUAUCUUUGGCCAGACCUGACAGUAACACCUUGGGCUUUUCAGAAGGACAAGCACCUCAGCUCAAAUCCUCUCAACAAAUGACAAAAUGUCUGCAGCCUGUCGUAAUACUGAAGACCUCAGAGUCAGUAAAUGGAAGGAGUGGCUCUUAUCAGUGCGCAGAAUGCCAACACACCACCCACAAUGUAGAUCAUCUUAUUGAACACCACCAUCGUUGCCAUAUUGUGCACAAUUUCCAGUUUUGCAAGAAUUGCAAUCUCUACCUGAUAAGGAAUGAACAAGCAGAAAAACAUGUAUGUUACAUAAGCAAAGAAAGCCCGCAGCUUUCUUCUGAUUCCAGCCUACUGAUGAAAAUAAAACGUCGCGGGGGACACAAGUGCAUGAAGUGCGGACUAAUAUUUUCAAAAGUACUUCAGUAUAUCAAGCAUAUGAGGGCUCACACUGGCCAAACACCCUUUAAGUGUAAUGCAUGUGGAUCAUAUUUUGCACAGCCAGGAUGCCUACAAAGACACCAGCGAAUACCUGGUAGAUGCAAGCAGGCAAAACUUCCGGUUUCAAAUUCGGAUCCCAAUAUCAAAGAAACCGAAACACUACCAGAAACACCACCGCAAGAGGACCUGGUACACAACAAACCUUAUCCAAAUCUGCCCAAAUGUUACAUAAAGCUAGUUGACAUCUCUAAAACCCAUCAGUGCAGAUUUUGUGGUAAAUACUACUUAACUGAAGCCAAGGCUAAAAAGCACUUCUACAACAUACACAAAGGAAAGACUUUGGUGGUUUCGUCAAGUCAGUCAACCACUAAAUGCAACAGUGAGGAAACCAAAAAACUGCAAAAUGAGACAACAGGAAAAUAUAAAUGUCCCCUUUGUCCACGGCUUUUCAAGUACUCCUACAACAGAGCUCGGCAUUUACGUGACUGCGUCAAAAUUUCAAUAUAUGGUGGCAAGGAAAAAAUUUCUGGUAAAUAUCGAUGUCCCUUGUGCCACGUAUCCUUCACGUUACCAUCUAACCGAUAUAGACAUAUUAAAGCAUUUUGCCUCAGAGACUGUCUUAAUCGGCUCACAAAAGAGAGAGCAAAAUCAAAGAAAAAGGUUGAACAGAAAAAAGAAACAAACAAAGGACAGGACAAGGAAAUUGAGCAGAAAAUACAGUCUAAGAAAAAUGAACAGAAAAAAGAGUCUAAGGAAGUGGAGCAGAAAAAAGAAGCAACCCCAGCUUUGACAGCCCCCAACAUUGUACGACGCUACAAAUGCAGUCUUUGUCCAGCAGUUUUCUGUCAUGCUUCUGGAAAGUACAGACAUAUGAAGAAGCAUGAGCUGUUUAAACUUACUGGCAAAGUGUUCAAGUACAGGAAUUCAGCUUUCUCUACCUUGUCUAACCCUACAUCUUUAAGUAGUACAAAGACUGGAGAGAGUACUUCAAAGACUGGAGAGAGUAGUACAAAGACCGGAGAUGGUACAGAUACCUCAAAAUUAACUGAAGCAAAUAAUAGUUUUGUUUUGAGCUGUCGUUUUUGUGAACGUGGUUUCUCCACUCCACAGUCAUUACAGAAACAUGAGCGCAAUCACAAAGGUGAAAGACCAUACCGCUGUCCUGAAUGUGGAAAAGGAUUCAAGAAACGUGCCUAUCUGAUUGGUCACAAAAGCAUUCACCAGAAGAGGAUACAGUGUACUGUCUGCAGAAAGAUUCUUCCAACUAUCGGAGAACUGAUCCAGCACAGAAGCACACAUCUUAAAAGAGGAAUGCUUCAAUGCCCAGAUUGUCAUCUCCAGUUCCAGUAUCCUGCACAUCUCCUUAGGCAUCUAGAAGGACACAAACGUAGAGAAAACAAGGCAAAACAGCUUGAAGAGAGACCACCACUAAAACCACAGCAGCCCUUGGAAUCUGUGAAAGAGCACAGUGAUCCAAAGCAAUUACAGUGUUCCUUGUGCAAAGAGGUAUUUAAUGAUGCCCAGAUACUAAGAAAACAUUGUCUUACACAUAUAACUGGGUCCUCAACAUACCAGUGUCCAUUCUGCAAACGUGAUUUCAGUCAUCGCCGGUAUUUGUUGCGCCACAUGAUCAUGCAUACUGGAGACAAACCUUUUUCUUGUACUAACUGUGGAAAACAGUUUUACCGUGACUUGUACCUUAAACUUCACAGUGAGAAGUGUUUGCCUGCUCAAACCAGUGAUGUUGUCACGAUGGAGUCUAAGAUAGAAUUAGACACAAAGCCACAAGGGCCACAUAGGUGUUCCUAUUGUCCACGGAGGUUUUUCAAGAAAAUGCGGCUGAAAAAUCAUCUCCAAGGCCACAAAACAAAAUCUCUGCUUCUGUGCUCAAAAUGUGGGCAGUACUUUGGAAUUCAAAAAUUUAAACAACAUCAGAGUAAUUGCGGGGUGACUACAGAACUCAGCUCUGGCUUAUCAUCUCCAAAUGGCAAUGUCUGUAAAAGCUCUUCACCGACAAGCCAUGCCCCUGUAAUGCCCUCAAAGUCUAAUACAACCAAAAUGCUUCCCUUUAAAUGCUCUCACUGUACACAGAGGUUCAGGUACAGAUCAUUACUCUUGAGACAUAUUGUGUCACAUACUGGAGUACAACCCUAUGCAUGUAUGCACUGUGGAAACCGUUAUGGAAGUCAGACAAUGUGUUUGCAGCAUGAAGCUUUCUGUGAUGGUGUUAACAAAGAGGGGCAAUCAAAAGUCAAAGGUGAUGCUUCAACACAGUUGCCAAAGACAGCUACUCUCAAAGAGGCAGCACAAAAGCCCCAAGCUGAAGGUGAAGCUGAUUACAAGUGCAAGUUCUGCACCAAGACUUUCAUGAAAUCAAGAAGCCUGAGACGUCACAUUUUGACACAUAAUGAAGUUAAGCCAUAUCGCUGUAGAGCCUGUGACAACUGCUUUUCAAGAUAUGAUCAUCUCAAAGUACAUCAGGCUCGCUGUAAAGGGAAAAAAACAAGACUAGAGAUCCGUAUUCCUAAAAUCAGUUUAGAGGAUGUUGGCAGGGGUUGGCAAAAUAAGUUUGGCCUGGAGCCUGCUGAAAAGCAGGAGACAUUCAAGUGCGAAGUCUGUUCAAGGAGCUUUCCAACUCAGUCUAAACUUUCCCGACAUGUAACUAUGUUCCACACUACAAAAUUAUUCAAGUGCACAAACUGUGGUUCAUCAUUCUCUCAUGAAAAAACUCUGAAAAAGCAUAAGAAGAUGAGGAAGUGCAGAAAGCGCUCCAAUGGAACAAAUGCUUCUCUACCACCAGAAACCAAUCCUCCUACUGAAAGUGUGACAGACUCGCAAAAAAGAAAGAGAAAAAGAAUUCUACUACAAGUUCAGCCUUACUUUAACAAAAAGCACAAAUAUGUAUGUAGUUAUUGCCCCCGGGCUUUUGGAAACAGCUGGCAAUUGGGCGUGCACACCCGACUGCACACAGGAGAGCGGCCAUAUGCCUGUGAUUAUUGUGGACAGAGAUUUAUAAGAAAGGAUUAUAUGCAGCGUCAUGCCUCAAAGUGCACUGAAAAAUCAAGCACUUCAACACCAAGAUCAUCAAAGUCCACAGUUUCCCAAAGCCUACAGCCAACCUCUAAAAGCCCACCAAAAGGCUUUUCUUGUGCAUACUGUAGUUCCCGCUUCUUACUAUUUUCACAGCUUCAAGAGCAUUUUUUAAAUGCCCACCAGCUGGAAACAAAGGUUCCACCAGUGCCCACUGCUCCCCUGCAACACCAUCUGUCAAAUAUACCAAACAUCAAAAAAGAGCCUUUGGAUGAGAGUGGUGACAAACAGCUUAGUAAUGGUGCUAAUUUGACUUGUAAACUAGAUACAUCUCUUGAAAGUGAGGCCCCCAAGAAAUUUUCCUGCUCAGAGUGUGACAUGUCCUUUACAAAUAAAGCUGGACUAACUGGUCAUCUGCGUGUUCAUGCAGUGGGGUUUCCCUUUAACUGUAAAACUUGCCAGAGGGGCUUUUGGAAUAAAAGUCUUCUCCGUAAUCAUAACAGGAAAUGUAGAUUUGGACGUAUUUCUGAGAGAACUUCAAGCCAACAGUUGGAAGUCCCUUUGAAAGCGGAGAUUGAUUUGGUCCUGAAUGACCCUGUUCUAGUGUUCAAUGAUGCCUCCAAAUCAACUGGCACUGGGGUUUUGCAGACCAGCUUUUCCUGCAAAGAUGACUCAAUGGAUGGAUCCUCACAAAAUUCAGUGGGAAAUCAGGUGCAAAGCAGCUCAAGUAAAGAAAAGAAAGUUGUGCAAUACCAAUGUUCGGAAUGUGACCAGAGCUUCACAGAUGGCCUGUUGCUCAUUAGUCACCUCGAAGACCAUGGACGAGAGGAACAAGCGAAAAAGCGCAAUGCAUGUAUUAAGUGUGGGCAGGUGUUUUCUAGUCAAGGAGCUCUUGAAAAACACAUGAGGAUGCAUGAAAUUAAUAAGAAAUUCCCUUGCCCUAACUGCCCCAAGGUACUUGACACCAUGUCUGAGCUUGAAAUCCAUAGAACAUGCCAUGACCCAAACAGGCCUUUUGUUUGCAAACUGUGUGAUCACAGGUUUUGGACAAGACCAUCUUUAUGUAAUCAUUACCGCAUUGAGCAUCUAGAUGAUGUAUAUAGUUGUCGUUUCUGUAACAAGGCUUAUGCAGUAAAAAAAUCUCUGGUAAGACAUUAUAGAAAAUGGCAUCAAAAAGAGCAGAAAGAUCGAGGGAGAACUAUACAGGAUAAGAGCAGCGCUGAACAAUCCAGCAGUCAAGUGAGUACAACUGGUGAAAGUGAUGAGGAUCAGAAUAACGGCAGUGAGGACAGCGACUCAGACUCUGCGCCAUAUUUCCCAUGCCAUGUGUGUGGUAAGACAUUCCCAACAUCUGAAAGUCUUGAGGAUCAUCAGAGAUGUCACCUGGGUGAAAAACCGCAUGAAUGUGCAGAAUGUGGUAAAUGUUUUUUUCAGGCAUCACAGCUACAGCAGCACCAACGAAUGCACAAGUCUGAAUUUCAAUGUCAGGCAUGUGGAAGAGGCUUUGUCUCGCUCUUUGCUCUGCGGAAACACAAGCAUACUCAUGGAAAGAGCCGUCCAUACCGUUGUUCCAAGUGUGAUUUAAGUUUCACGGGACCCUCACAGUUGGCAGAACACAUGUCUACCCACCGUGAAGAGAACUUCCCAUGUGAUAUCUGCAAUCGCAUGUUUCUCUCAAAAAGUAGUAGAGCUGAGCAUCGGAAAAGCCACUCCAAGUCAGAUGCACCUUCAGUUUCAAGGGAAGAACACAAGAAGUCUGCCUCACCUUCUGAAAGCUCAUUGGUAUCCCCUAAAGAACUUAAAUAUCGCUGUGGUGUUUGUGGUGAGCGUUUUAGAGACCCAGAGGAGCUCUCAGAGCAUGGUUGCAAUGCAGCAAAAGAGCGGUCAUACUCUUGUUCAGACUGCGAUAAACAUUUUCUGCAUGCAUCUCACCUGAAAAAGCACAGGACCACUCAUCAUCUAUCAUGGUCUAAUUGCGAAUAUCCAUGCGAUCAAUGCAACAGAAGUUUUUCCUCCUCUGAGCGCUACCUCAGCCAUCUGAAGAGCCACGUGGACACUGCAGCGGAAACUAAAAACACUGAAGAUAAAGAUGGAGCUGUGUCACGCCGUUUCAUAUGUCCAGUUUGCCACCAGUGUUUUACCAGUGCCACUGAACUGAUUCAUCAUUUUCCCACACAUCCCGAUGGUACCUUUGAAUGCAAAAUUUGUAAAAAGACAUUUCCCUCUGGAAGUAAGCUUGAAGAACAUGAGCGCUGUCAUGUGACAUCAGCUACUGAAUUUGAAUGCAUAGUUUGCGAGUGUGGUCAAAGCUUUUCGGGAAGAGGGGCUUUCCAUCAGCACCACUGUUCCCAUCAACAGCAUGCAGCAAUGGAGGCUGAUAACUCAAAUCCACCAGUGAAGACACCCCCUCCAAGUUAUUAUGAAGCAGCGCGAGAGGAGGAGGAGGUUGAUGUUACCGGAGAGGAUGGAUACAAUUGCCCUGUCUGCUCAAUGCAGUUCAGCUCAAAAAGUGGUCUCUUGGAACAUCAAAAUAAAGAGCAUCGACAUGAGAAGCCAUUCAAAUGCGGGCUUUGUGGAAAAGUGUUUGCUAGGAGGCGCUACCUCAGAGAGCACGAGCGAAGGCAUCGUCAAAAAACCACAGCUCAAUCAGCUGAAAAUACAUUCAAAUGUACCCAGUGCCAUACCGAAUUGAACACAGCACAAGAGCUGUCUUUGCAUAUGAGAUUGCAUGCUGAAAAAGAAGCUGGGGAGUUUCGCUGUGAUAUGUGCUACAAGUCAUUCAGCCAGUGGUCUCAUCUUAAACAGCACCAAGAAAGUCAUGUUGGCCAGAUUGUAUAUGAAUGCACAGAAUGUGACAAAGCCUUUGCUUUUCCUCACCUUUUGGAGGAACAUCAACAGACUCAUGCUGGGUCCUCUCAGUAAUGGUUGUUGCAUCCCAUUUUCCUUUUUGAAUAACUAGCUAAAGUAACUUGAAAUUUCCUUUCAUGCCUUACGCCUGACUGUGUACCUCCACUUGUUAUUACAAUUUGGAUCCAAUUUCUAUUUUUGGCUCUUGUGAGGAAUUAACAAAGCUCUUGGCUCAUGUCACAAUGACAGGGCAUCUCCUCCUGUGUUUCUAUUGACAUUGUGUAUAUUUUUAGUUCUGAUAUUGAAAUUUGUAUACAGUAAAUUAGCCAGAUAGUUUCUUGACUGUGUUUGUAAAUCCAUGACAAAAUUGUGCAAAGCUGUUUAACAUUCUGUGUUAUUAAUACAGACAAUGCAUGAUGGGAUGAGAUAUUUAUGAGAAGUCUUCGAUAAAGGUGGACAUUUUUUAUCAAACAUUAUCAUUUUUGAUGUUUGACAUUUAUUUUCAAACAACAUAUAGUCAGUUUUGUUGAUAAAAAUGUAAUAUAGAUUUCAAACUGGUCAUUUUAAUCUAUUGCUAUUUUCUAUGACCUCAUGUACUAUAGAUAAUUUUGUAAUUUUCAGUUUAACAUUUCUCUGUAUAUAUCAACGGUUGUAUUUUUCAAGUUAUUAGUUGGCAAGUUUUUUGUACAUACUUUUGAAAUAUGUUCGCAAUGAAUAUUCUUUUCACAACCCAAGGAUGUUACUUUCUUAAGAAAUUUCUGUUGAUGUAUUCAAUGGAGUAAAGUCAACUAGAAAAUCCA